GACAUCUCUUAAUUUCCUUCUUGAAUAAUGGAUUCUGAGGGUAACGUUAACAAGACGGGAAGGAGUUCCCUUAUAAUUGUCCAGUAAUAACAUAUGUAAUCAAGAAGCCAAGCAAUUUAACAGCAGAAAUGAUCAUACAACAGUAAGGAGACAGAUGGUUUCGGAGGCUCUUGUUGGUCUCAGAAUCGAGAGUUCUCCCAGUCUUGCAAGCAACAGAAUCAUGGGCAUGGGCUCAGACAUGUUUCUCAAGCCCUUCAAACAAUAAUUGAGAAUCACUUCUCUCUCUCCCUCUCAUCAUCAAUUGCAUUGAAAAUCCCCUGUAUAAAUAGAAUAAUGUUUAACACAUUUCCAAUUCAUCCAUGUAUAGGAUAUAAAGUUGUUAUUUCUGCAAUAACCAAUGAGGCCUCCGCAUUUCAUCCUGUUGUGUCUCCUCACAGCUGUUAUGUAUCUUUGGUCUCCGUAUAAUGAAUUUCAGAAUCUUGCUUCUUCUCCUUCUUCAAUCUUCCUUACAGGAAGGAGAUCACUGAGGGGAUUGAAGAUGCCAUUGCCUGAUCACAAAAACAGGUAUCUUAAAUCAGAGGUGGCGGUUGAUGAGGCUUUGCAAUCAGCGGCGAAAGAUUCCAUGGCGCUCAGAUAUUCAAGGAGCCAUAGCAAUGGCAAUAUGGAGGACCUUGCUUACUACAUUGACUACCAUGGAGUCACAACUCAUCCAACCCCAACCCCCAAACAUCCUAAGCCAUAACUUGAUGCCUUUGUUAUGUCAAAUCAAUAGAUGAAUGUAUAAUUAAUUGAGCAGCAAUAAUUAGGCUAAAAAUAGUUUUGCUUCCAUCAUGGAAGUCUCUCUUUUUUUUAAAAAAAAAAAUAAAGGGGUUAAGGUCAGGUUUUGGCUUUCAUGGUUAUCUUCACUACUAUGAAUUUCAACUUUAAGAUAGAUAGAGUGAAAUUGUAUUGAACGAGAGAAUACUAUCUCUGGUUAUAAGGUAAUAGACUCAAUACUGUUUAUUUA